AUGGCAAACCCUGGGAUUGGGGUUUCAUUUGACCCAAAUGAUAUGUCCAGUUGGUACUUCGGCGGUCUGUCCCGAGCGGAGGCCACGAAGCUGCUCCUCAACGAGACCGAAAGCGGGGUGUUCCUUGUUAGGGACUCGAAGACCAUACACGGUGACUACGUGCUUUGUGUCAGGGAGGAUGAUCGCGUGUCCCACUACAUAAUAAACCACGUGGUGUCCGCGGACGGUACCACACGUUUCCGUAUCGGUGACCAGCUGUUCGCGGAUAUGCCGGCCUUGCUGUCGUUCUACCGACUCCAUUAUCUUGAUACCACGCCUCUGGUGAGGCCGCUGCCGCAAGCGAGGGCCAGGGCGGCCGCGCCACCACCACCUCAACCGCAUCAAGUGCUCGAGCUGGUGAUCGCCAAGUUCGACUUCGUUGGCAGUGACGCCGACGACCUGCCGUUCAGACGCGGCGAGCGGCUCAUGGUGAUCAACAGGGAUGAGGAGCAAUGGUGGACGGCGCGUAACAGUCAGGGACGCACCGGUUCGAUUCCAGUUCCGUAUGUGCAGAGGAUCCUCGACCCUUCAGGAGUACCAUACCCUCCAACGGAGGCGCUAAACCAGCUCGGGGAUCCGCCUAGCCCUCCCGGAAACAGGCAUCCUCAGCAACGUACCAAUAUGCAGGGUUAUCACUCGUUUGCAAUGGUUGAAGAGGAAGAAUUUCAAAAUAUUUUGAAAACAAUAUUGCCCACAUAUACAUUACCUUCUCGCGAAACAAUAUCUUCCAGUUUAAUACCUAAACUUUAUCAAAAGACAAGAGAUAAAGCACUACUACAGUUGCAGACAGAAGCCGAUGCGAUAUGCUUAACCACCGACGGCUGCACAUCGAUAAGUAAUACGAGUUUUGUUGCGCUGAUAGCUCACUACAUUGAUUAG